AUGAAAAGCGAAGAAGUGAAAGCUAUCUUGAGCCCGAUUUACGAGCAAGCGAUAAAGGAUUAUUACGAUGGAAAAUUGGAGAAAGCCUUGAACGACACCCUUCACAGCAACGCCGUCAUUGUCAAUAAAGGAGUCGGCGCGUACUAUGGCAAGAAAGCAAUCAUGGAAAACUUUAGCAAGCUGGUUGAGGAGUUCGGUGAUGUAAAGUUUGAGAAAUUUAACGAAACGUUUUGUGGAUGCGAGUGCUGCCUAUGCACAUCGUACGAAUUGAAGGUCGACUCACCCAAAAAAGGAAAGGUGAAGGUCACAGUCUCCCAGAUCUAUAAAAAGGACGGCGACAAAUGGAAGAAUUAUCACGAAGAAUUCGAAAUUCACCAAAAAUGA